AUGGCCUCGUCUGUAAUAUUUCCGAUACUAACCAUUCUUGUGAGCUCCACGAUCUCUGGAGCCACCUCUCGUGGCGGCAGCUUCUUGUCCGAAGCAUCAAUGGCCGAGAAACACGAGCAAUGGAUGGCUAGAUUCGCUCGCGUUUACGCAAACGAAUCCGAAAAACAGAUUAGGUUUGAUAUAUUCAAGAAAAACUUGGAGUUCGUCGAGAACUUCAACAAGAAUGGGAACGCGACAUACAAUUUGGGUAUUAAUCAGUUCUCGGACAUGACCGACGAGGAAUUUCGUGCCAUUUACACUGGACUUAACAUGCCGGAAGGUAUAAAUGGAAUUUCCUUGUCCGGAUCCGAUGAAACGGCGGCCUUUCGGUACGGGAAUGUCACUGACGCCGCUGAGAGCAUCGACUGGAGGAGUGAAGGGGCAGUUACCCCUGUCAAGAGCCAGGGGCGUUGUGGUUGUUGUUGGGCGUUCUCGGCUAUCGCGGCGGUGGAGGGCAUCGCAAAGAUCACGAAAGGCGAACUCGUAUCUCUGUCCGAACAACAGCUUUUAGACUGUGACACUGAAUACAACGCAGGCUGCGGGGGCGGAAUAAUGUCGAAAGCCUUCGAGUACAUAACCAAGAACCAAGGCAUCGCGUCGGAGGAAGACUACCCUUAUCAAGAAUCGCAGCAAACCUGCCAAGCAAACGCUCGAUCCGCCGUUAGAAUCAGCGGGUAUGAGACCGUUCCAAGAAGCAACGAGGCAGAGCUGAUGAAGGCGGUGUGGAAGCAGCCGGUCUCGGUGGCGAUAGAAGGGACGGGAGAAGCAUUCAGGCAUUACUCGGGCGGGGUGUUUGACGGAGAAUGUGGUACGGAUCUGCAUCACGGGGUGACAAUCGUAGGGUACGGAAUGAGCGAGGGGAACAAGUAUUGGUUGUUGAAGAAUUCUUGGGGAGAGAGUUGGGGAGAGAGUGGUUACAUGAGGAUUCGGAGAGAAGUGGAAGCUCCUGAGGGUAAGUGUGGUUUGGCAAUCUUGGCCUUCUAUCCAGUUGUUUAAUCAACCGUCUACUUAUAGUGGAAACCCUAAUCGAAGUUCCGACAACACAAGAGAAUAAGUUUAGACAAAGACAAGAUAAGAAGAUCGUUUAUUUGCUUAUGAUUUAUGGAUUGUUGCGUGUAAUGCACGCGCGGUAUCAGUCGCUGUUUAUGUAAUUUGAAGUUUGUGAAACGUU